CUCCAGACCACUUCCAGCCGGAGGAAGCAGUGAGUCUGUCCCCCUCUCUGCACCGGGCUGUGGGUCCUGUCUGUCCGCUGCUGAGCUGAGACUCUUCAGCAUCAUGGAGCUCCGCUACUCCCUCGUGUUUCUGAGCUUUAUUCUGCCUCUGUGCACAGCGGGCAGCCCCUGGGUUCUGGAGCCGUAUGAUAUCCUCUUCGACACGGCCGUGGACGCCUACAACAAGGGGGACUGGCUGACGGUCAUCCUGAACAUGGAGAAGGCGAUCAGGAACAAGGCUAUGGUCCGCAACGUGAAGGCUCAGUGCCGCCUCAGCUGCGCCAACAACACCGCGUUCGGCGAGCCUGUGGCCGGCCUGGGAGUCCCCGUGCCCGGGGCCGGGUCUGUGGACGACCUGGGCUUCUUCCAGAAGAUCCUGAAGCGGGCGGACUGCGUGAACUCCUGCGAGACGGAGAAGCUCGGCUCACGCACUUUUCACCUCGUCAGUGAAGAAGUGAAGCUGGAGUUUAAGAAGAGGACUCCCUACAAUUACCUCCAAGUCGCUUAUUUCAAGAUCAAUAAGCUGGACAAGGCAGUAGCAGCAGCCCACACCUUCUUCCUGGCCAACCCGGACCACAUGGAGAUGAGACAGAACCUGGAGUACUACAGGAUGAUGGCAGGAGUACAGCAGGAGGACUUCAAAGAUCUGGAGGCCAGACCAUACAUGGCCUAUUUCCUGGAUGGGAAGAGUUACUACAGCCACGACUCUUUUGGUCUGGCGGCUGAAAACUUCGAAGCGGGCCUGGCCGAGUACUUCACAGCCGAUAAGGAGUGCAGAGCUCUGUGCGAAGGAGCCUACAACUACGACGGAUACAACUACAUGGAGUACAGCGCCGACCUGUUCCAGACCUUGACGGACCACUACAUGCAGGUACUGAGCUGUAAGCAGCACUGCUCGGUGGAGCUGGCCUCUACAGCCGGCAGGGACAAGCCCUUUGAGGACUUCCUCGCCUCUCAAUUCAACUACCUGCAGUUCUCCUACUACAACAGUGAGAAGUACGAGAAGGCCAUAGAGUGUGCCAGGACCUUCCUGUUGUUCUACCCCAACGAUGUGGUGAUGAACCAGAACCUGGCGUAUUACUCUGUCGUGGUGGGCGAGGACAAGGCAGUAACCAUAACAGCCAGACAGGUGGUGAAACAGUACAUUCAGAAUUCCUUACUGGAGAAAGAGCUGCUCUACUUUGGAUAUGAAGCAUUUGGGAUCACCUUUGUAGAUCCAGACUCAUGGACACCUGAAGAAGUCAUGCCUAAGAAACUGAGAGACAAGCAAAAGGCUGACAAGGAGACGGCGGCGAGGAUCACAGAGGAAAUAGGAAACCUGAUGAAGGAGAUUGAGACUAUGGUGGAGGAGAAGAAGAAGGAUUCUUCAGAUAUGAACAAGAUUAUCGUGCCGGAGGAAGAUGGCGCUCUGUUGUCAGAUGGCAUCAAGUUAACCAUGACGUCCCAGCAGCUGAACGGCACACAGCGGGUGCUUCUGGAUGGAGUGAUCAGUGACGAGGAGUGCAGGGAGCUGCAGCGCCUUUCCAACGCUGCUGCUAUGAAAGGUGAUGGCUACAGGGGGAGCACCUCCCCCCACUCCCCCAGUGAGAUGUUUCAGGGAGUCACCGUCCUGAACGCUGUCAAGCUCGGACAGGAGGGGAAGGUUCCUCUGAAGAGUGCUCGUCUCUUCUUCGACCUCAGUGAGAGGGUGAGGAAGGUGUUGGAGUCGUACUUCCAACUUGACACUCCGCUCUACUUCGCCUAUUCCCACUUGGUCUGUCGCUCUGCCAUUGACGAGAAGCAGAAGGAGCGUGAGGACCUGAGUCACCCUGUUCAUGCGGACAACUGUCUGCUGGUGUCUGAGCACAACGAGUGUAUAAAGGAGCCUCCUGCAUACACACACAGAGACUACAGUGCCAUUCUUUAUUUAAACCAUGACUUUGAAGGAGGAGACUUCAUUUUCACUGAGCUGGAUGCCAAAACUGUCACGGCUGAGGUGCGCCCGCAGUGUGGACGUGUGGUCGGGUUCGGUGCAGGGAAAGAAAACCCCCACGGAGUCAAAGCUGUCACGCAGGGUCAGAGGUGUGCUGUGGCGCUGUGGUUCACCCUGGAUCCUGCUCACGAGGAAAAGGAGAGAAUCCAAGCUCAGGAUUUGCUGAAGAUGUUUUCCACACCUCUGAAUACCGAGUUCAGCAAGAAGGAAGCGACAGAGAGCUCAGAGCCCCAACCAGCAACACCAGAGCCUCCUCCUGCACAGGCUGCCCAGGAGACAGCAGAUGGAAAACAAGACGACAAACCAGCCGAGCAGAAGGUGGAGGCGCAGGCCGAGAAACCAGCCGAGCAGAAGGUGGAGGCGCAGGCCGACAAACCAGCCGAGCAGAAGGUGGAGGCGCAGGCCGACAAACCAGCCGAGCAGAAGGUGGAGGCGCAGGCCGACAAACUAGCCGAGCAGAAGGUGGAGGCGCAGGCCGACAAACUAGCCGAGCAGAAGGUGGAGGUGCAGGCCGACAAACCAGCCGAGCAGAAGGUGGAGGCGCAGGCCGACAAACCAGCCGACACGCCGAAGGACAAAUCAGAGACGAAACCAGUCAGCCAAACGACAACAGGUGCUAAAGCUAAAGCUGCUCCGAAAGCAAAGGCCAAAGCUGGAGAGCAGGUGAAGGACAAGAAGACAGUCAAAGGCAAAGCUGCAGCCAAGGCAGAUGGAAAACAGACGGUUAAAACACAAACCAAGCAGUCCGACAAAAAAGACACAAAACCAGCUGCAAAAAAGACGGUAAAAGUUGUCGCCAAGAAGGACUCCAAAAAAGCUAAAGCUCCUGGCACGUCAGCCUCGGACUCUCAGAACGACAGGGAAGAGCUGUGAUGUAACAGCACCUGUGACUGUUAAUGUGUUGUUGUGUUUAAGGUCUUCUCUGUGGGUUUUACUAAAAUGUUACUUGCCUUUAAAUUAACUGUUGCGGUGCUGUUCCACUGCAGAUGUCACUCGAAUCAUUACUUGAGUAUUUUUUAAAUUCUUGCUGACAAUCUUCAAAAGUGCCCAAAUUACUGUGACCAUCUUUGUUUGUCAUCCGAAGCUUUGUAUCUGUACAGAUGGGACGUGUUUUCAUCUCAGUGUUCUACCUGAAUUCUCUUUAUUUUCUUUUAUUUGUGACGUCGUGUUGUGAAACCAACCACAGCUGAGUUAAACAGGGAGAGGUUAAUAUGAGCAGAGCUGUUCUGCCGAGGAAACCCAAAUCAACUGUGUGAAUCAAACAAAAUAAAAGUGACGUUUCUAAA